GGCUCGGCGGCGUUUUGGAGUGAGGGUAGCACGUUGAGCUGAAGCCGUCCUGACCGCGGUGGCACAGGGCCAGGCAUCUAUCCCACUUCUGGUGGGAAUUUGGGGCAGGGUCAGCUCUGGGUCCCCAGGGUAUGGAUCGUGUGUGGAGUGCAUGGUACGGAAAGUGUGUCAAAGAGAAAAGGUCGUCGCCACUCUGGGCUCAGAGCAUCGUGGUCGCCUGGCUCAGCAGGGCCGAGUGGGACCAGGUGACAGUCUAUCUGUUCUGUGAUGACCAUAAGUUGCAGCGGUAUGCGCUGAACCGCAUCACAGUGUGGAGGAGCAGGUUAGGCAACGAACUGCCCCUGGCAGUGGCUUCUACUGCUGACCUGAUACGCUGUAAGCUCCUGGAUGUAACUGGUGGCUUGGGCACCGAUGAACUUAGACUACUCUAUGGCAUGGCAUUGGUCAGGUUUGUGAAUCUUAUCUCCGAGAGGAAGCAAAAGUUUGCCAAGCUCCCCCUCAAGUCCCUGGCUCAGGAGGUGAACAUUCCGGAUUGGAUUGUUGAACUUCGCCAUGAGUUGACCCACAAGAAAAUGCCCCAUAUAAAUGACUGCCGCAGAGGCUGCUACUUUGUUUUGGAUUGGCUCCAGAAGACCUUCUGGUGCCAUCAACUGGAGAACAGCUUAAGAGAAACCUGGGAGUUGGAGGAGGACAGGGUGGAGACAGAGGAAGAGGACCAAGAAGAAGAGAAGAACAUUGUUGAUGACAUCAAAGGACAGAAACCAGAGCCUCAGGAUGAUGGGAAAGGUGCAGAGUUGGAUGUCAGGGCUGAUGGAGAUAGUAAAGUCAGUGAAGAGGUGGAUGCUCAUUUGGCAAAGGCCCUGAGACAUAAAGAGUUGUAUGAAAGAGCCCGAGAACUGCUGGUAUCCUAUGAAGAGGAGCAGUUUAAGGUGCUGGAGAAAUUUAGGCAUUUACCUCAGGCUGUUAAGGCAUGGAAUAAACUGUCCCCAUGUGUAGAAGGCAUCCUGGCAGAGCUCAAGGGGAUUUCAUGGGAGAACAGGAAUGCUGUACUGGAUGCUUUUUUGGACGAUGGCUUUCUCAUUCCCACAUUUGAGCAGUUGGCAGCUUUACAGAUAGAAUAUGAAGAAAACAUGGACUUGAAUGACGUCUUGGUGCCAAAGCCGUUCUCUCAGUUCUGGCAGCCCCUGCUCAGGGGCCUGCACUCCCAGACCUUCACGCAGGCCCUGCUGGAGAGGAUGUUCUCUGAGCUGCCAACCUUGGGGGACAGUGGGAUCCGGCCCACCUACAUCCUUAGAUGGACCAUUGAACUGAUCGUGGCCAACACCAAAACUGGAAAGAAUGCUCGCCGGUUUUCUGCAAGCCAGUGGGAAGCAAGAAGGAGCUGGAGGCUGUUCAACUGCUCUGCCUCCCUUGAUUGGCCCCAGGUGGUUGAGUCCUGCUUGGGCUCACCUUGCUGGGCCAGUCCCCAACUCCUUCAGCUUGUCUUCAAAGCCAUGGGACAGGUCCUGCCAGAUGGGGAGCAGGAGAAGCUGCUGCGCAUCUGUUCCAUUUAUACUCAGAAUGGAGAAAACAGCCAGGUGAAAGAGGGAUCAGAGGCUCCCCCCAUUGUGAAAUCUCCAUACACACUGGACAGCCUGUACUGGGGUCUCAAACCAGCUGGUUCUAACUGCGGGUCUGAAGGAAAGGCCCAGCAGCAGGGGGAACAGGGCAGCCAUAAUGAUAGCAAUCAAGAAGAGAAGGAGGAGAAAAAAGUGUUGCAAGAUCAGAUGGAGGAAGAAGACGAGGAAGAGGAAGAUGACCUUGAAGAGGAAGAGGGGAUUGAAGAUGAUGAUGAAGAUGUUGAUGAAGAAGAUGAUGAUGACGAUGAUGAAGAAGAUGAGGAAGAAGAUGAAGACAGAAUGGAGGUGGGGCCUUUCUCUACUGUGCACGAAUCCCCUGCUGUGGAGCAUGCCAGACUCCUGGCUCAUAAAAGAGGAGCUUUGCAGGGUUCUGCAUGGCAAGUUAGUUCAGAGGACGUACGAUGGGACACUUUCCCCUUAGGCCGAAUGCCAGGUCAGACUGAGGACCCAGCAGAGCUUAUGCUGGACGGUUAUGACACCAUGUAUCUUUUGGACCAGCCUGUGCUAGACCAGCGACUGGAACCCCCAACGGGCAAGACUGGCACCCUGGGCCUAAGCUGUGGUGUUGGCAGUGGCAACUGCAGCAAUAGCAGCAGCAACUUUGAGGGCCUUCUCUGGAGCCAGGGGCAGCUGCACGGGCUCAAAACUGGCCUGCAGCUCUUCUGAUGCCACCCUUGAUGCAACUAUUCAUCCAUCCCUGCCAGGACAACAGCCCACCCCAGAGUACACCUGAUGUUCCAUGAUACAAUUGGGAGACAGACUGAAUCAGCUGCAUCAAAUCAGCUUUCCACCACAAUGGAAUUUUGAAUGUUUCUCCCCCUUUUAGUUUGCUUUGUUUUGAAAAACAAUAAACAGGCAACUGUAGUUUUGGUGUUUGUGAGAUAAGUGAGUAUGUGCUGGAACAAACCAGAAUAGUUCUCCCUUUACUGUGCGAACUCCAGAGAAGGUGGACAGAUAACUAGCCUUUGAGCAGGAGCUGGGUUCUCUUGAGCCCACUGGCUCUGAUUGCUUCUACAGUCAGACUCCACCCAUACCUUCUGCCUGAUUCCAUUGACCAUUUCUGCACCCCUCAGCUUUAGGAUGGGUUCAGCUGACUUUGAAGCAUCAGGCCCAGAAGAGAGGCAUUGCUGGCCACUGAGUCUACCCAGCAAAUGAGAUGUGUUUGUUGGGGCUGGGUUUGCUCAAAAUAUUACG